CACGUGAUGGACGGUCCAAUCAUAAUGAUACCUGACAAGAAAAACAAGCUCUGUCUGAGGCGACAGAGAAAGCAACCUGCCCUUUCCCUCAAUCCAUCGUUUACCCGCUGUUCUGAGAGCAAGGACCAACAACCAAUCAUUGCUGGACUCCGCAAUCUUGGAAACACUUGCUACUGCAAUGCUGUCCUUCAGGCUCUGAGAUAUUCUCCUGGCGUAUCUCUGGCUGCAAAGAGGCAGCAGAACGUCUGUGGUGAGAAACCAAUGAUGGGUGCUUUCAACAAAUUGAUUCAAGAUUUGGAUGGAAGUACAAAUGUUGUUAGUCCAUGGAAUCUCCUGCACUUAUUGAGGCAGAGUGGACUGUUUGCAGAAGGAGUUCAGCAUGAUGCUCAAGAGCUCCUCAAUCAUCUCCUCACAGAUGGACUCACAAGUGAACCUCAGCCAAUUCCGGAGGGCAUGCCCAGUGAUAUACCAAAAGCAUCCGAAACCACUCGUGGAAAGUACCUGGUCACACCUGAACCAUCAGCUAUUACUGCUCUCUUCCAAGGGAAACUUGUGUUCCAAACACGUUGCUUUGAUUGUGAUCAUUUCACCAGAAGAACAGACCCUUUCUUACAUGUGACUCUACCUGUCACAAGCCAUGGCCUGCCUGGUUUUCCCUCUACCUCUCCUCAGCCAAACUGCAGCAGUUCUGCAGCUACCGUCUCACUCUCGUGGUGUCUUUCAAAGUUCAUGUCUCAAGAACGUCUGGCAGGGGAUAACAAGUUUUGGUGUGAGAAAUGUAUGCACCUAGUUGAGGCUGAAAGGAGUAUUUUCUUUUCUGAGCUACCAAGCAUCUUGACUGUGCACUUGAACCGAUUUUCAGUCCAGCAGUGGGGAAAGGCAGUUGGUAAAGUGGCCAACAGUGUGGCUGUCCCAAUGACUCUGUGUCUCAGGCCAUGGAGCUCUAAACACUGCCUGGCCAGUGGCUCUGUUUACCAGCUGCAUGCAGUGGUGUUACACACUGGAAGUAGCUGCCACAGUGGCCAUUACACAGCCCUCAUACGAGAUGCAGAGCAGUGGCUCCACUGUGAUGAUGACAUUGUGACUGUGGUCUCACAUGCUGCAAUGCAAGAGCUGGUGUCACCCCUUCCCAUGACUUUGGCUUCACCGUAUAUACUGUUUUACUCCUUAUCAUGACAUCGACAUUGCGUAAUGACGCUAUUCGAUUCCAGUUUGUGCACACCGUCUAUCAGCGAUGGAAGACGUGGUGCAGGGUGAAACGCUGCAGACGUUUGCAGAGAGUACUGAGGUCAUGCAGUCGCUCGAUGAACUGCCUACAGUAGUCUGCGACCUGCGCAGGAAAGAAAUUGCCGAAGAGCGUUUUACUGUGAUUUUGAACAGAUACCAGGAGCAGCCUCAUCUCCUGGAUCCUCACCUCGGAACUCUGGUGUCUCGAUUGCUGUCAAUGGCAAGAGAGCAGCCUCCAUCGCUGCUCUGUCACCAGGCAUUCCGUUACCUCUACCUGCUGUCGAAAGUUCGUGGGGCAAAAUUGAUCUUGCGAUGGUUCUCACACGAAGUUAGUGACCUCGAGCCAGUCCUGAGUCUGCUGGAGAGCCAGGAUCCCAGCCAGCCUCAGACGUGGGAAACGCGCUAUAUUCUUUUGCUGUGGCUGUCCAUCAUUGCUAUCAUACCGUUCAACCUCUGUCUCAUGGAUGGUGAGCAGCAGAACCAACACGUGACGCUGAACCGCAUCAUAGCUGUUGGCCAGCACUACAUUCUCCAGACCGACAAGGCCAGAGAUGCUGCACCGGUUCUGCUUUCAAGGGUGUUGACUCGUCCUGAUGUCCACCGUCUUACACUAACUGGCUUUCUGGAGUGGUGCAAGAGCAAACUAACUUCUUGUAUAUUGGAAGACAGGGAGGGACUGACAGCAGCCUGUGGAAUUCUGGCCACACUGGCUUCUCUCUUCAAGCUGAGCAAGAGAGAGGACAUUGAGGACCAUGCAUCUGAUGUCCUGAGAACUCUCAAGACCUGCAACACUCUCAACUCCGGCAAUGCUAUGCUGCGAAAGCUCAGCAUCAAGCUGGCACAACGUGUGGGGAUGGUGUUCCUGCCAGCUCGAGUGGCGUCGUGGAGAUACCAGCGAGGACUUCGCUCUCUUACUGACACACUCUCCCUCAGUCAGCCCAGCGGAAAACAGGAAAACUCCGUAGCCCCAACACCUGCAGACGAAGAAGAUUGGGAGGUGAGGGAAGAGGUGGAGGAGGUGAUGGAGAUCCUGCUGUGUGGUCUGCGGGACUGGGAGUCAGUAGUCAGGUGGUCGUCUGCCAAAGGCAUCGGGAGGGUCACAGGAAGACUGCCUCGCAGCCUUGCUGACGACGUCCUUCAGACACUGCUCACUUGCUUCAGUGCUCGAGAAGGGGAUUCAGCUUGGCACGGAGGCUGUCUGGCUUUGGCUGAGCUGGGCAGAAGAGGCCUUCUCCUUCCAAAGAGACUUUCUGACGUUGUUCCAGCUGUUCUUGAGGCUCUGGUCUACGAUGAAAUGAGAGGAACCCACAGUGUGGGAGCCCAUGUCAGAGAUGCUGCUUGCUAUGUGUGCUGGUCAUUUGCAAGGGCCUAUGAACCACAGCAGUUGAAGCCUCAUGUCACCCAACUUGCCAGUGGCCUGCUGGUGACAACUCUGUUUGAUAGAGAAGUGAACUGCAGGAGGGCUGCAGCUGCAGCCUUUCAGGAGAAUGUUGGCAGACAGGGAACAUUUCCCCACGGAAUAGACAUCCUCACUAAUGUUGACUACUUUGCAGUAGGCAGUCGCACAAAUUCUUACCUCAACCUCAGGUAGGCUUGUGUGUGUGUGUGUCUCUCUCUCUUUACUUUCUCUUUUGAUUUUUCCAGUGCCUAUGUAGCUCAGUACACUGAGUAUACCCAGCCGCUGAUUGACCACGUGGUGCAGACCAAGUUGGGACACUGGGACAGUUCUCUGAGGGAGUUGGCAGCUCGUGCUCUGCACAACCUCACACCCAGACUGCCUCACUACAUACAAGAGAGUGUUAUACCAAAACUGUUGCCUCUGGUUGUGAGUGUUGAUCCGAGGAUGCGACAUGGAGCCCUCCACGCUGUGACUCAAAUGACAACUGCUCUCUGCAGCCUGAAGUGCUCCCCUGUGUCUGCCGUGCUAGGGGAGAACCUGGUUCAACAACUGGUACAACUGGUUCCGCAGCUGGAGGGUCACGGGGUGUUCAGAGGAGCAGCUGGUGAGUGUAUGAGACCUGCUGCCCUCACUUUCAUCUCCAAGAUGUGUGAGUGCCAGCUCCCUAUCACCAGCCAUUCUGAAUUAGCCAGCUGGCAGAGAGUGAUAGACGCCAACCUUCCUCACACCGAGGAAUCCAUUAGAGAGGCCGCAGUGACGGCUUUUCAUGCUGUGAGCUUAACCCACUACGUAAGCCUCAGUCCGGAGGAGACUAGCAGGACCAUCCAGUCAUGUCUCUCUAGUCUCUCCAGCCCACUCCCAUUCACCAGGUAUCCACCAUCUCGUCUCCUAAUGUGCUACGAUUUGCACCUGUUCCUAUUCAGGAUGGGGUACUGCCUGGCUUUGGGAGCUCUGACCCAGCCUCUCCUCUCCUCCUCCCUCACAGCUGUGCUGGAUGGAUUAGUGGGUGUGGCCUCAAACAUUGAGGGCUGUGAACCUCAGUUCACUGAAUCUCGUAGAGACGCUGUCAGAGCUAUCAGCUGUGUAUGCACGACAGUGGGUGUGGGGCAAAAGGGACUCUCUCAAGCGUCUUUAGAUGUAGUCUUCCACACACUGGCAGCUGCCUUGAAUGACUAUACCACUGAUGCUCGUGGAGACAUUGGAGUUGUUGUGAGGGAGGCUGCUAUGGCGGCUGCUAGUGAAAUUUGCCAGCUGCUGGCCUCCUGUGCUCAGUCAGAGAUGGCUGCUCCUCACGUGCAACACAUGGUCUGCCUCUUCCUCCAACAAGCUAAUGGCAAAAUUGAUCGCACAAGAUCAAUUGCUUUCUCCUGCCUUCAAUUGCUUCUAAACUGCAAACCACAUCUAAAGGGAAUCCCUCAUCGUGACCGACUUGCCUCUUUGUUCCAAGAACCUGCGGAAGAGAAGGUGAACUGGUCAGUGGCUGCCACAACGUUUCCUCUCACUGUCCAAUUACUGCCACUGCCUGAGUACACCUACCACACUCUCCUAGGAUUGGUCAUCAGCUGUGGAGGCCUCACUGAGUCCACGGUGAGGGCCUCAAGAGCUGCCUUGUUGGACUACUUGAGAGGAGUUUCUGGAAGUGUGGAGACUCUAGAGCCUUUCACAGACACACUACUGGAGGUAUUCAGAAGAAACAGUCGUUUGACCAGAGUGACCCAGGCUCUGCUGGUGACGCUGGACCUUCUGCUGUCAAAUGCUGUGUUUGAUGCAUACCUACCUCUCACUACACACACAUUCCCCCGAGCUCUGCUUGCUCUGGUAAAGGAAGAGACUGCUCUCUCGGCUGACACUAAGAAGCUGCUGGCCAGUAUCAAUGUGUACUGCGGUCUGCUGCAGUUCCCUGGGGUCAGGACGACCGCUCUCAACAGACUCAUGCUACAUCUCUGUCACAAGUUCCCCACAGUCCGCAGAGGGGCAGCUGAUCAACUCUAUGCCACUAUUAUUACUUAUGACGAUGUCAUAUCUGAAGAAGUUGCAGAAGAAGUGUGUUCAGUUUUGGCUGACACCAAAUGGGAGAGUGGUUUGGACGUAGUCAGAGAGAAAAGAAACAAGAUUUGUGACCUUCUUGGCCUACAAAGGCCUGUUGUUCGCGCUAGUGGAAGCAGAGCAGCUAAACCUACCUUAUCUGCUAGUGAUACAAUGGCCAGUUACAGAGAUCUGGUGGACAGAGCUGGUUACUGAUGUCAGUGAGCAAAGACUACUUAAUAGCUACGGACCAAUGUACUCUACAAUUCCUGUACUGUUCACUCCGUCAUAUAGAAAGCAGUUCUGAUACGGCUCGUCUUUCCCUGACAAUGCCUGUGCAGCACGAUGUAAAUACGCACUCUUUCCACACACAGAGUUCAUUACUGACUUUGAUGACCUCUUGUCCCAUAACUCCACUGACUAUAGCACACACAGGACUAAGAUCACCGUUGCAAAACCUGCACCAGUUAUACACCUCACAUUGUACGGCAAAGACUGAGUGUAAAUACCGGUAGAAGUGGUUGGGGAUAAGGUCAGGGUUGAUUCCUAGCUUUGCUGCAGCCGCAGCCUGUGCAGAGAGCAGUCCCUCUCUGUCCCCCUCCUCCUGUGGAUCUCUACCACCGUUGGAGUCCCGAAAUUCUUGCAGGGCUGUGGGGAACAGCAGGUUUCUCUAGUCUGCAGGGAACACUGGCCCUUACUGCGAAUGAUGAACCAGAGGAAACCUGUACCCAGCACCAUUCCUUCGACUCCAGGCCUCACAUGCUGUAUUCAUGCUCCCCAAGGUCGGAGAGAAAGUAACCAUAGAAACCCCACACAUCUCCACAGAAAAAUUUAAUGCCAUGGGUUCUGCAGACGUUGUUGAUGUGGAGGAGAAAUGGCAGAGAAGAGCAACUGACACAGACCGCACUGAACUGGGUGAAGAAUGUGUCGUCCUUCUCUCCCACUGGCUCCGUGUCUGCCAGCACAUCUACGUUGGGAUUGAGGGCUUGCAGUUGCACUACUGCUUGCUUAGCUCUCUGUAUAGACAAGAGAAAUUUACCACUGUCACUGCUACUUGCUCUAUAUACACCGAGUAUACUUAUACACUGCUCAUUGAUUGACUUACACUCUCCCCAUCUUUGCUGACCAGAAAACGAUUCCCAAGAUCAGAAGGUGACACAAGAGCGUGGUCUAGAAGUGUCAGGCUCUUGACGCCCGCCAGUACUAUGUUCUUGCACAGUUCAGCACCCAAACCUUUGGCUCCAACCACCAGCACGGACGAUGUGCGGAGCCUGCACAGACACGCAAGCCUCUAACGAUGCUCACAGACUGUGGUCAAAUACCUCUUCUGUGCCUCCAGUCCCCAAAGCCUUAUCUGACGAUCAUACUGCUCCGCUUCAUCUGCCGAGAGACCUUCCAUCGUCAACUUGACCAAAGCUGACCCGACACGAUCGACCCCGCCCAUUUUUGAGCCACACCCCUUUCUGUAGCUCGUCCUUCGUCUUCUCUUUGUGUGUUUGGAUCAGAGGAACUGAAGAUCGGUAGGUGAGAGAGCAGGUGGAAACACAGGAUGGGGAAUGCUAGCUCUUCGGAAGACGUAGAGGAGGAACACGUCUUGCCUUGUGUGUCUCCACAGGUGCAGACAGGAGAGGACUCCACCACUGCUGACGAGAGCCUCACCAACUUUUCUAGUCUGUUCCAACCAGACAGUCUCUACAAGGCCCUGCUGGCCAUCAGGGAGCCUCCAGGCAGUGCCUUGAGCAGGAAAAAAGAUGGCAUGAUUCGUUGGCUGAGUGGCCUUGCUGAUAAGGACGAGUACUCGGUGAACAUGGUGCAAGUCGUAGAACACUUGACUGGGAAAGGAGUUUCCAGAGAAGAGGCGGUUGAGUUCUUCAGUGAGGUGGACAGGGAGGGUGAAGGCCAUGUAGACAUUGCUUAUCUGCUGAUGGUGCUGAAGGAUAGACCAGUUGAUCCAAUGCAGGCACUUGUGCCUUGCCACCAGAUGCCUGGUCCUCUGGAGGUCUACCUCUCUAGCAAGUGUGGGCAAAGCGAGGCAGGCAGGAAGCUUGUGCAGUUCCUGCAGGCAAGAAGGGUGCAGCCUGUAAGUUUGGUAGUCAGCUCUAUGAACCAGAUUAUUAACCACCAAGUAACUAGAGAGAAGUUGGUUCAGGGUAGAUACCACAUGCUGCUGCAGAGAGAAGAGGACUUUAUGGAGGAAGGAGGGAAAGAUGAUGGCUUUAGCUCAAGGGAGAGAGUUGUGGUCAGCAAGUGUUACUCCAAAAUAGAAUCUUCUAGCUCCCAGCACCAAAUCAAACAUUUAACAGACAAUCGAAUGGAUAGCUACUGGCAGUCUAGUGGUUCACCUCGCAGUCAUUGGAUCAGGCUGUGCAUGUUGCCGGGGAUGGCAGUGAGGGAACUAGCUGUGAGCGUCCAGUCUGGUGAUGACAGCUACAUGCCCCGUACCAUUGUCGUCUCUGUCGGGAGUUCAGACAAUAGACUGGCAGAAAUCAAGACAGUCCAGGUUCCUCGAGACAAGACGGGUCCUGUGCUAUUGGUCAGAAACCUCGGUCGGGUCUACCAGUAUGUGCAGAUCAACAUACGAGGUUGCCACAGCGACGGCUGUGAUUGCAGGGUCCGCGGACUCCAUGUGAAAGGGACAAAGGUUGUGGAGGAGCAUAAAAAGCCGAGUGUCCUUGACACAAUGGCCACGUGGUACAUCAAUUUGCUGGCAUCCACGGCACAGGCAGCUUUCCCUGUGGCUCCACAGUUGAGACAGACGCUCAUGUCUCACUCCAGAUCUGCACUGGGUUCUCUGCAACCCCUGGUUCUUUCUCCAACCUCUCAUGCUAGGCCCAAGUUCCUCUCUCCAUUUGUCAUUAGAGAGAUGCAGACCAUGCUAGGAACACUGAGUUCUGCCGAGGAGGCUAGUGAUUUAAUUCCAACUGACAGUCUUGAGGUUUUGCUGACUUUCUCUGUAGCCCAUGGCAAUGUGAACUCCAUCCUAGACUGCCUCCACAUCUUAAAAGGUUUCAGGAGUACUGAACUGAAAUUGGAAAAAUUGCUACACAAUAUGGAGGAUGUCAAGAAGACAAAGUAUCUCCUGCAUUCAGAAGCAGUGAUGUUGAGUGUGGUGAGCUGCAGUGGAGGCAGUAAAGAUGAGAACCACAAGCCAGAGAACCUCCUCACUAAUGAUAUCUCCAACACUUCAGCAGCUCCCUACGUGAGCGCUGGCAAGACGACAGUGGCUGCGGUGAUUCAGCAGAAAGAUGGCCUCGUCAUGUCUCCCACAAGACUGGUGGUUCAGGUCCCGUCAGCUGAGAACGCAGCGUCUCUCUGUCUCCUAUUUCUGCUGGAGGAGGAGCCACAGAAGGAAUGGCUGGAGACUCUGGACAACCACAAAGGCUGGAAUGAGGAGGAGUACUGCCAGUUGCUACAGGAGAAGGAAGGGAGUGGCCUCCUAGCUCGAAUGGAGUUCUCCAAGGAAACACCUCAGAUGGACAUGCCUCCUGACGUGAGCAGGAGAGGAAAGAGCCUUGUGGUGGUGAUGAGGACCACAGCGAAAGAGGUGGAGGCUGUGGCUCUGCAGGCAGUGGGUGUGUUUGGCCACUGCACCAGUGCCGAGGAAGAAAGGGAUGCUCAGUUCUUCAAGAUCAUGGACAGCUUGGCUCCACUCGACACAGAAGGAGGUGUGACUGGGGGUGUGGUUUUGUGCAGAGUCCUUGUGUUCCUGUCAGUUCUUCUGCAAGACCUCGCUAGACUGAUGCAUCGCCGUCGUUUGGCAUCUCUUGAGCCCUCAAUGAUUUCUGAGCCUCACUUGGCAGUGGAAGACCUUUCUCUUCAGAAGAUAUGGAGAAUCUACUUACCUCUGGCCUCAACGACCGAAGAUCCUCACCUCUCGCUACUGGUGUUGUGGCUGCUGAAGUCAGCUCUGCCUUUCAUCCAGCCAGAGAAACCUUCCAAGGAAGGAGACGGCGGCAGCGAGUCAACGUCAUCUGCCAUUCUGAGUCACCUGUGCACCCUAUUGGACAGAGAGGAGGAGGGGCAGUCUCCAGCCACCCGCAGCCUGGCACAGGAGAUUGUGGUGAAAGGAGUUGUGGUCUUCUUCCCAGACGCCAAGGCCAGGAGGGACUACCUGCUGGAGAUGAUAGAGAGUGUGCUGAGUGAGAGGCAACCUCGGUCCUGGUGGCUCAAGUUUGAGGCUCUCUGCCAGUACUUCAGUACCACUGAUGCCAACUCCCUGCUGUGCUUGCCCACCAAGAUGGAGGAGGGAGCCCCGGUGGACACUGACCGAGCCUCGGAGCUCAUGACUACCAUGUUGACAGUUGCUAGGAGAGAGUCUCAGCUGAGUCUGUCGUCAGGGAAGCCACGACCUGAGAAUUUGGUUAGUUUGCUGUGCGCACUUCAGGCUUCCCUGUUUUUCUGGUGUCGCAAGAACAUUGCUGAGGAUGCUGUCCAGAAACUUCUGCUGAAAUACGUAGAGAAGCUGGUUACUGCCAGUGAUAUGGUGCUGAAGGAAAUCGCUGUCCUGGAGAGUGGCAAGGAGGAUAAGAUGAAGGCACUCCAGAAUUCUCUACUCACCAGAACUCUAGCAGAAAUGCUGGUGUUUCUGCCCACCAUUGUGAAGUCUCCUCUCCCCAGACCAAGGCUCCUGGACACCCUGUACCCUCUAGUGCCUGGUCUCCAGUCUGCUAUCUCGAGCUCGCCCACUGCCUCCCCGCCCCUGGCUGGGGUGGACUCAGUACAGGACCUGAAGCAGUCUGUGGUUGGAGUGUGGACAAGAGAAAGCUCACACAACUACGAGAACAAUGCUCACACCACUGAGGAGUUUGUGUGUCCCUCGGCAACAAAGUUUGUGGUGGAGUUUGACUCCCGCUGUGUCACCGAGCGUCGCUAUGACUACCUGGAAUUUACUGAUGUGACUGGAGCGAAGCAGAAAUUUGACGGGAAGUUCAACUCUGAACACUGGCCCCGGACUGCCGAGUUCCCAGGACCCAAACUGCAGUUCCUGUUCCACUCUGAUGGCAGCAAUAAUGAGUGGGGCUACCUCUUCACACUGAAAGCCUAUGGACAAGCAGCUCCUUCCCUCCACUGGCUCCUGGACCUGCAGCUCUCCUUGACAAGGUUGCUAGGACAACUCACCUCAGCCACUCUCUCCAUGAAGACAUUGAUGACAGAGCCAUCGGAGAAGCAAAAGGAGGAGCAGACAGAAGAAGCUCUGUUGACUCGCAGUGAUCUUUGGAGAACUCUGUUCAGAGGAGGCUACAUGCUCGGGAAACUGACUCGUUCGCUCUCUGAAGCACAUACUGCCAGUCCAGCUACCUCUGAGCUAAACAGCCGGCUCCAUGACAUGGCUAAUGGGGAGAAGGGGGGUUCUAAACAGUUGCUGGACAGGUUGCGCGAGACAGAGAAGGGCCCAUAUUAUGGUGGGGACAAGGUGGACAGGGCAGUGAAUGCCGUGUUUGCUGCUCUCAUUUGGCACUGUCAGGAGCUGCGGGAGGAGCUAGCCACGUGGCGUGGCCCCAGUCAGCCUCCCAGUUCACUGCUGAGAGAGGCUUUCUCAACUGCAGAGGCUCUACGCAGGGAACUGGUGGAAGCCCGACAGAAGGUGCUGGAAGCUAAGGAGGAAGAGGAUAAUGGGGAGAAGAAGGCAGAGAUCGAUGAAGACAGUCCCCUUGUCAGCUGUCACGAUAAGGCUCUCUUUCUGCUAAAGUUCGCUGGGCUGUCUCGGGUGGACCAGGAAGGAGGGAUAGGGAGGGAUGAAAAGGUGGACAACAGUAGUGCAGUCAGCACAGUCGGCCGUCUAAAACAACAGCUCAGCUUGGGGGGACUGGCAAAGCCACGCAGGAAGCCUGCUAGCUUUGAAUUGGUCCUCAGUUUUGUAAAGAAUGAAGCCAUCACAGAGAAAAAAGUUCAUGACUUGUUGCAAGAGAGACAGGAGCUGGCAAGAUGCGUGGCCCAGGCCUAUACGUUUGCUGCCAACUACCUGACAGCCAUUUCUGUUGAAAACAUGUUUGAGUUGCCAGGCCUAAUGUUCCUGCAGCAGCUGGUGUCAAACCAGAGGCACUUCCCCAUCCACUAUGCAGCUAAGCUGGAUGGGUGUGGUCUUGACCUAGAGAACCAUGUGCGCAAGGCGUACCGUCUGUUACUACAGCAACUUUUGGAAGGUCUCUCUGCCUUUUCCCACCCACCGUCUGUUGAGUACAGCAGAGCCAGGCUGCUGGUGAACAUCAUAACGUGCCACCUACUGGAUGUACAGUGGCAAAACUAUGACCACCUUCUCCUGACAGACCUCCAGAUCUCUGACUUCCUAUUCCAGUCUGCUAUCAUGUCCACACAGACUGAUGAGAAGAAGAGAGCAGACAAGUUUGAGGGUGAAGAGGCCAUGCUCACCCGCUAUGCUCUGCACACGGCGUUCAUGGAGAAAGUGAAAGAGCUCGGAGGUGCUGAUGUUAUGGGUCUGCAGCAGCUCCAGUUGUAUAAGGACAGUGAAUGGGAAGGAGACCUCUUCAUUGAGGCUAAGACCUGGCCUCCCAGUGCCCACAUCAGUGUGCAGUGUGAUGGCUGUCAGACUCUCAUCAGAGAAGGCCUCUUCUACCACAAUAUGGAGAUGAAGAACACCAGUUUUGACCUCUGUCCCCAGUGCUUCAAGAGUGGGUUCAGACCUGAGAACCACUCUCCAGACCUGCUCUACCUAGCCAUGGGUCACUUCUCAUGCAGCCACUGCAAACUCUUCAUCCUCACUCAUCGCUUCCACAGCAGUAGCCAAUACAUUGACCUGUGUCUAGGAUGUUUCAGGAAGGAGGAAGCAAGAGGAAUAUCAGAUAAGUGGACAGUCUACCUCUUAUCUGAAGUGCCUGCCACUGGGUCUGCCUACCGCUAUUUGACCACUGACCCUGAAGCUAGCAAGCCUCUUAUCUAUGAGGAUGGCUGGCUGACAAGCACAGGACCGUCAGUAGAUCUGAUGGUGUAUCACCAACAGCACUGCUGGCUGCUCUUCAACUCUCUCUGCCUCAACAUGGCACAGUGCCUCAACACCAAACAGUCUGCCUCUCAGGGACAGAAGAGCUACAGGGAGGAAGCCUGCCGCAACCUGCUGCGCUGUCUGAGGCAACUGGCAUUCAUUCUGCACACAGCAGUGCUGGUCAAGUGGGAGGAGGAGGCCAAGGAGAAGGAGCAAGAGAAAAAACAGGCAUCAAAGAGUGACACAAGCAGUGAGGAUAAAGAGAAAGACGGAGCUGAGCAGCCAUGCAAGGAUGAAGGGGCAGUUAGUACUGAAGCUGCCACUGCUGAAACUCUGUCUUCUGCUGCACCACUGGACAAUGGGGAAAUGGAUAUUCCAACAGAAAGAGAGGAUCCCAUCAGUGCUGCCAGCCGUCAGAUGAGUCAAGACGGACUGAAAUCCACCUCAGCAGAGAAGACAUUCUCUCUGCUAUUCUUGAACCCUUCUCUCUAUGCACUGGCAGCUGUGCUGCCUGCAGAUGUUGGUGGCUGGAACCAGGGCUCCGAAGAACUGCACCAGACUGUAGGGGAGCAGGUUUUGCCUGCUCUUUUGGAAGUUUCUGCCUGCACCGCCUUCCAGUCUGUGACCACUAGACUUGCAUAUAUUGUGACUGCUCAGUACAUGUCGAGAAUCAGUCCACAGGUUGCUGAUCAGUCAGUUGCGAUAGCGAGAGGCUCAGGCCUAGCAGAGGCAGUGGGUAUGGGUAAAGGUGGCAUGGUGACUGCCGAGUACCUGUUCUCCCUUGGAGCUGGAUUUCUACACAAAUCUGACUUCAGUGGAGCAGCAACUAUAGCAGAGUGUCUGUUGAUUCUGUCCAGAGCCCCACUGUGGAGGGAGGUUGUCUCCCAGUCAGUCUUGGCUCCUCUCAGCACUAAGGCAGAAGAGAUGGACCUCUCCUCCAUAUUUGCACUGAUGGUGCUGGCAGGGUUCCCCAAGCUGCACAGAGAGGGUAGUCUGGUGCAGGUCCGCUGCAAAGACUCUGACCAGCCACCUCCAGUGGCGGUCCUCACGUCAGUGAAAGAAGACAGUGGGACAGUAGUCAGCUGUGAUCACAGAGAGCCUCAAAUGGUGAAGCUGUCUCAGUGUGAAGUACAGGACACACUGCGAGGCUGCAUCACACACUCUGAGCUCCCUUCUCUCCUUCCUCUGCUCCGUUCUUGCCUCCAGCUGGCCAAGCAAGAGGAUGACAGGCAAGUUGAGGCGACCUGGAUAUUGGCUCUCUCUCUGAAGGCCUUGUUGGUGCUAAUGAGGGGCCCAGCAUCGGCUGAAGUGGUGAAGAUGUUUCUGAAGGAAGAGCUGAUGAUGGAGAUCAGUAAACUAGCCAGCAAAGCUACCAGACUGAGUUGGAAGUGGCUAGCACCUGAUCUGGAGGUGGUGGCUAUCAGAAAUUACCAGCCACCUGGCAGCAAGAAUACUGACAUGUCAGAUGGUAGCAAAGACGGGGGAGGUGGGGAAGAGAAAGAGAUGGAGGAUGAAGGAAAAGAUGGUGGGGAUGCAACUAAAGAUAAAGAUGAGGAGGAACCCAAAGAUAAGGAUGCAAAGAAGAAGACAGGCUCCAUGAGGGAGGAGGAAGCCUGUCUUGAAGGACUAACAGAUGACAUUCAGGACAUGCUAGUGGUAAGAUCCAUGCCUGGUUCUGCUCUGAGUCCUAUCCAUGAGCAGAUCAUGCAAGAAGCCUUCCAAUGUCCUCUUCCUACUCUGCGGGCCCUCUUUGAUGCAAGUGGGGCAGACGUCAACAAGUUCAUCAUGAGCUCAGAACAAUACUAUGAUCUAGAGUCUGCCACACUCAAACCACCUCCAGAAAUUGUGGAAGCUGCUGCCAGAUGGGAGGUGGAGAUGAGUUCCGAGCAGCAUGAAGUAAAGGAGAUCCAGGACUCUCUGGAAGAUUCUGGAGUCACUCAUCUCGCUCCUGUUCCAUGCUCCUUGUCCUCACUGGAGGCUGAACCUGAGAAAGUUGAUGUGACAAAACGACUGAAGAGCUCAGAUCUAAUGCAGGAAGACAGCAAGCAGCAAAGGGGAGAGGGCCCGGAGAUUGGUCAAGAGGAGUCUUUCCAGCUACUGCAAGAACAGCUGAGGGGGGAAGGAGCAUCCAGAAAAGAACUUCUCAAAACACAGCAAGCCAUUGUCAUCCUCUACGCCCGACAUUUGCUGGCUUCUGUGCUGUCCUGUUGGCCCCGUCCACCACACUUUCGUCUCUCCACCUCCAACCUGGGGAGCAUGGAUGAAAUGCAGCUGUUCUGUCUCCUAGACCUCCUCAUGAGGCCGCUGAGCCAACAGGCUUCUUCUGACUUGGUCGAUGCAGUGAUACACUGCCUGGAGCCAACUCAGCUGGUGGAUCUGGCAGUGAGGGCUGCAGAGGCAAUGCGGAGGGUGAGUGUUGGCUGUGAGAAGAGACAGUUCCAGCACCCAACACAGGGAACACUGGAGGAGAAGGGGAAAGUGGUAAUAGCCGGUGCCUCCAGCUUGUCCAUUGUUCUUCACCAAGCCAGUGGUGAAGUGGACAUUGCCAGCAACGAAGAGAUGUCUGACCACUAUAAGAACCUGUCCUCCACUAACUCUGACAAUCACAGAGAACUAACCCAUAUUCCUGGGAAUACAGUACACUACCAAGUGAAACUAAAGGCCUCAAAUGAGGCUAACAAAACAUCCUGCAGCUUCACUGUCACUGGGACACAGAUGGGAAGGUUUACCGCAGGACUGAAGUUUCUCAAGCAGCUGCUGACAGUGGCAGAAUCAGGCGAAAGAAAGGCCUCCACUAUUCCUAUCUCCAAGAUCUGGCCAAACCUGAUAGUGGUGGCCUGCCACUACACUGGCCAAGAGAGACUGAUGAUCGUCUGUCUUCUCCUCCGUCUCCUCGCCGUCAUGAGAGAAUGCCCGUCACAGGAAAGACUUGACCUCUCUGCUCUCAAGCCUCUCUGGCAGCUCUACACAACUCUUGUCAAGGAGUAUGAGAAUAAGAACAAGUCUCAGCAGACCAUUGCUCCCCUUAUUCUGAGGUCCCUCACAGAACUCUUCCUGAAUGUGGAGAACCUAGCAGAGAGGUGGGGGGUGUCCCAGACGAUGGUGGUUGAGACUCUGACAAAGGAGAGCCUGGAGACGUGGCUGGAGAAAGGGAUCAGCAAUGUGGCGUUCCUCUCUCUGGGAAUGGGACUGGAGAACACAGCCUCCACUGCCUUCGCAGAGGCAAAGCGGUCCUAUGUUCCUCCUGUGGAGGAGCCAGAGAAAGAAGGGGAAGAGGACGAGGAAGAGAAUGAGGAGGAUGAAAAAGAUGAUGAAAGCUCCAGUGACAGUUCUCUAAGCGACUCCUCUGCCAAUUCUUUUGAAUCAGAAGAAUCGUGAAGACAACAACUUUUAGGAAUAGGUUUUUUUUACUAUGCUAACUACUCAGCACAUGAUAAUUAUGAUUGUCAAAGUGAAAAUUUUUUUGAGAUAGAG